ACCGUGGCGCGGCGCGCGUCAGUUGCGACGUAACGACGCACAGUGAGUCCCGCGAGUGUUCAGCAGAGAGGUCUAUCCAGUAAUCGAGCACGGAAAGGGUGCGAUAAGGAGAGCGAGAGCGAAGACGACGAGUGCGGGGGACGCGGCGCGCGUCUCCGAGAUCGUGAUCGCGCGUUAAAUCGCGACGGCGUCGGUAGUGCCUUUGUCCGCGGAUCGACACGGCGGCAUGAAAUAACGACGAGGCCGGGACGAAUCAACGAGGCAGCGGCGGCGACGUUCUGAUUCGAAGCGUCCGUACUCAGUCCUCAGUGUAGGCUAGUCGGUCGCUCGGCGGCGUCGAUCCACCACGACGAGGUCCAUCUCCAUCCAUCCCGUCCAUCCAGCAUCCGAGAGACGCGCGAAGAAACGCCAGCGUGGAGAACGCACUUUGGUUCCCGGGGACGAAACAGCUCUGACGAACGCACCUUCACCCGUCGCGCACCUGUAAUCUCGCGACUCAAAUCGUCGAUCACGUCGAUCACGUCGCGGCGAUAACAUCGUCUUCCUCGAGGGCGCGCGAGGAGGUUAUCUCCCUCCAUAGAGAACCGGGGAAUCGUCCCCGCGACUUGUCAGUCGCUCGCGCGCGUCCCAGGUUCCCGUCACGUGGCGCGGACCAGAGUCACGUUGACGUUGACGUCGGCGUCGGGCGUGCCGCUUCCUGAAUCCGGAGUCGUCCCGACUUGCCAAGAGGAUAUCUCUCUCUCUCUCUUUCUCUCUCAGCGGAGCGCACACGACAACAAACAUGGCCGCCGCGGCGUCGUACGCGUGCACCCGCAACUGCACGGACGCGGGUUACCCGGCGGGAUACUCGUGCGACGUCCUCGGGGGCGCCGACGAGUGGCUGGCCUGGCAGGGGAUCGUGGAGUACUUCUCGUACAACCCGUGGAUAUUCUCCCUGCUGGGCAGCACCAUGGUCGGCCUCACUGGCAUCUUCCCCCUGUGGCUCAUCCCCAUCCAGGACGGCGUGGACUUGAAAACCGGCGAGAACGGUGGGACUUUGAAGAUCCUUGUGAGCUUCGCCGUAGGCGCAUUGCUGGGCGAUGUUUUUCUACAUCUUCUGCCGGAAGCUUUCGAGAGCGAAUUGCAAGCAAGAGCCAAAGAUAAUCACACGUCCACGCCCGCAGGCUUGUGUGUGUUAUCCGCCUUUCUGUUCUUUGUAAUUAUCGAAAAACUCGUCGCUGCAGUAAACGAGGAAGCCCCGAUCAUUGCGGAACAGCAGGCCGAGGAAACUUCGAUUAAGGAUAUAAAUAAAGAAAAAGAGAUGGAUAAUAAUAAUUGCAUCACGAUGACGAGCACUGAGAAGAACAGUUUCCUAAAAAAGUGCAUGAAAAAUACGACCGAGGUGCAAUUCCUGGAGAAACAACCCAGUAAGAUAGAAUUUGCUCAAGUCCCAAACGGUAUCAAAGAUCUGCAAAAGAACGGUUUUAAGGAUCCUGACGUAAUGAAAUCUGCAUUAGCAAGCGAAUGCCCUAACGACGGUCCGCUGGUCGACGAGGCGAAGAGCUGCUUGAAGAAGCUUGUAAAGACUAAUGGCUUCACAUCGGCGAUUUCACGUGUUGACUCUCCAUACGUAUGCUCACUGAUCAGUAUUGUUAAUCGUUGGACUGUAUGGACCGUAUGGACAAAGAAAUUCACUUCCGAUUUGUUUCGCAAAUUUUUCAAUCCCAAAGCCUUCCCCGGAUACCUCAAUCUUUUGAUGAACUUCCUCGACAAUUUUACCCACGGUUUAUCUGUGGGUGGAUCGUUCCUAAUUUCCUUCCGUGUAGGUGUCCUCAGCACGUUCACUAUUUUGGUGCACGAAAUACCUCAUGAGGUUGGCGAUUUUGCUAUUCUAUUACGAAGCGGAUUUAGCAGAUGGGACGCUGCGCGGGCGCAGCUAAUCACAGCUGGCGGCGGCAUCGUUGGUGCUUUGGCAGCCGUCUCCUUUUCCGGUAGUUUAGAGGAAAGAACCAGUUGGAUAUUGCCAUUGACCGCAGGAGGAUUCAUACAUAUUGGUUUAGUAACCAUCCUGCCUGAUUUAUUGAAAGAAACGAAUACAAAAGAAUCUGUGAAACAACUUGGCGCUUUACUUUUGGGAGUCAUUAUCAUGGCUGCGUUAAUCUUUGUUUAGGUCAAAUAUUUCAGCAGAGAACUAGUGUGUUACGUAAAGAAUUCUGUUAUGUUAAUAUAAAUUUCAGUUACAUCUUGAUAUGUGUUACAAUACUCUACAGUUGCCAUAAAGUUAUAUAAUACUUUUUCUCUCUAUUAUUUAUUGAAAGAACACAUCCUAUCUUGUUUUAUUAUUUUGGGUGCACGAAAAGAAUUUCUUUUAAAUUCAUUAAAAUCAUUAAAGAGUUGUUAUCGUCGCUGUUCCUCCUUCCUCAAUAACCCAAAUUCCGUCUCAAGUUUAAGUAACAAGGUAAAAAUAUUUUGGGAAAUAUUUUCUAAGAAUGUUUUCGAUAUUAAAAUAUUAUCUGAGAUUAUAUUCUUUCAGUGAAUAACAUAGAGAGGAAGAGGGAUGAGAAAGAGAGAGAAAGUGAGCGAGUGAAUAAGAGCAAAAAGAGAGAGAAUUUGUGUAUUAUUUUAUCAGAAUUUAGUUACUCAUCACGUUAUAAUGACAAGAUGAUUUGAGAAAUGCUAUUGUAAAUUUUAUAUAGUUUAUGUACUAUAUACCCGCAAAAAUACACAAGUUUUAUUAUAGUUAGAGUACAAUAUUAUUUUCCAGUGUAUUACUGAUAAUGUUUUUUCUAAUAACGAGAUAAUCCAGUAUAAAUUAAAAAUGUCGUUUAAAUUGUCUAUCUAAAAUGUUGACAAUUUUUCAUAAUGAUAUCAAUGGAUAACGAUAUAAAUACAUUAGAAAGUUUAUACAUACUUUGAAUAUUUGCAUCAAAAUCUAGGAUGUGCACUUCAUAAAUAAUUUAAUACCAAUAAAGUAUGAUCAUAUGACAUUUCCAUUAAAAAAAUUGAAAAGUUGUGUUUAAAUUUAUAAUUAAAACAAAUAUAAAUAGCAAAAAGUUGCGUACAAGUUUUGUAAAAUCCAAUAUUCCAAUAUUAGAUUUAAUUCUUAACUGGUAUUGCAACCAGUAUUUGUUACUCAAAAAUGACGAAUUAUACUGCGGCAUGGAUACUAUCGGUAUUGCUGUAUGAUAAAAUUGUAUUUAUGUGCACACGCGUAUGCAUAAAUUAUAUGCAAACGCGCAGCAGAAAAUUUAUAAUAAUCAUCUUGUCAUUAAUAAUGCGAUAACGUUGCACAUAAGGCUCCGAAGAGAAAUUUACAAUAGCCGAACAAAUUAUAAAUAAUAUACAAAUUCUCUUCUCUCUUUUUUUGCUUUCCAAUUUUAUAAAUUUCGAAUUUAGAUAUACUAAUAACUUUUAUAGUAUAUUUUAUAACCUGUAAAAUCGCAUGGAGACAUAGAUUACGUUUCGACCACGUAAGAUCCAAUGAGUAAAAACUGGAUAAAGCGACAUUAAUUAUGUUCCUUUCAUCUACGUCUGUACUAAAAAAAAAUUCGUAUUAAUAGUCACAAGUAUGUAUUUUAUAUCUUGAUGCAAAUAUCUACGGUUAACAAAAUCCUCAAAAAAAGGUAUGCAUAAGUCUCUAACAUAUUUGCAUCUUCAUCGAUAUUAAGGAAAAUUGUACGGCGAUAAUAUAUUUUCAUUAAAAUAUAUAAAAAGACAUAGAAUAAUGUUUCGCAUCAAGUAUAUCCAUAAAAGGUACUACUGUGUAUCUUUCUCAGAUCGAGCUUCGCAUUUCGUUAGAUAUUUAGAUAUAUAUAUAUAACUCAGAUAAAAUUUAGAUAAAUAUAUAUAUAUAUACCUGCGGGAUAUAUAUAAACUUUGUUAAAUUUUCAAUUUGUAAAGACGAAUGCAACUCCCAGAAGGAAUUUAGCUGUUGUAAUUUUCUCUUAAUAGCCUCGUGUAUCAUGCGCAAUGUUCAUACUUUAUGAGUUGCACGAGAUAACGCAAUCCUUGUACUUAACAGGUAAAAACAAGGUAUUUCAUUCGGAAUGCAUGAUACGGGAGUGCUCUUUUCUGCACCUGUAAAUAGAGGCCCUAUUUGGGGGACUGGUUAAAAUUUAACAUCUUUUACAAAAAUAUUUUCUAUGUAUCAUAUGGUUAUAUAAAUGAAACUGUUCAUAUCUAUGUAAUCUCUAAUUCGCUAUGAUUUGUAAAUAAAAUAUACUAUUCUGCGAUUGUU